AUGUCUGCUACUACAGACUCUGUCAUUCAAGUCGCAAAAGAAUUGAAAAGUUCGUUGUCGAAAAAUGCUCAAGUGUUGCUCGAUCCUCUAAGCGAGGAUUUCAAAAUCUCGAUGAAGCGAUGGAGUGAGGCGGAUGUUAAAACCCCAGGAGUUAUCUUCAAACCUGCAUCAGAAGAAGACGUCGUCACAAUUGUGAACGCCGCAAUCCGAUCCAAAGUCCCCUUCGUCCCAAAAUCAGGAGGAAAUAGCCCCUGGUCCACCAUCGGAACUACAGGAUGGAUCAUCGACCUCUCUCUCUUGACAUCCAUCAACGUCGACUCUUCAAAUGAGACCGUAACUUUGCAAUCAGGUGUCCAGACCAAGCCCCUCAACAUCGCUGUUGCCAAAGCUGGUUUCGUGAUCCAAAGUCCGUCCGGCGGCGGAGUAGGAUACAUCCCCUUCAUGCUGGGCGGCGGCUCCAAUCAAUUGGCAGGGAUGUAUGGAAUGGCUUGUGAUUCUUUGGUCAGUGCCAAAGUCGUUACUGCGACGAAAGGGUUAGUGAUUGCUUCUGCGACCGAGAAUGAGGAUUUGUUCUGGGCUUUGAAGGGUGCGGGACAGUUUUUUGGUCUGGUGGUUGAGGUGACGAUGAAGAUUUAUAAGUUGGAGUCAACGAUCACGAGCUGGACUUGUUUCUUUUUAGAAAGUCAGGUUGGAGAGGUUGCGGGUGUGUUGGAAAAGGUGAUUAAUGGGGUGGAUGGGAUGUCGCCGGGGAUGUGUGCCAUUGUUGCUCCGCCUGGGCAGACGAGACCAAUGCUCAUGGUCAGCGUGACAAAUUUGCGCCCCGAAGCCGAAGCAGAGAAGUUCAUGGCACCAUUGAUAGCACUCAAGCCAGUGCAGAAUAUCAAGAAGACCGUCGAGUUCGGUAAUAUCACCGAUCCGAGUGACGUCUUUGGUAAACCUGGUCUGAAUACACUGCUUUCAUGCGGCCUUCAAAGAUUUGAUGGCAAGCAAUUCAUCGAAGCUCUUGAUAAGUGGAAGAAACUUGUCGAGGAAGCUCCGGGCGCUGCUAGGACUGUGUUCAUGUUCACUUGGUACUCGAAUGAAAUCUUGAAGACGAUCCCCGAAGAGACCACGCCUUGGAGUCAUAGAGAUUGUCCAAUUUGGUUUAUGAAUUUUGUUGCUGCUACAGAUAUGGAUUCGAAUAAGAUCGCUUUGAGGAGUACAAAUGAGUUCAUCGCACAAUGUCAGGAAGACCAAAAAGACAAGCAGAAAGCUAUGUUUCCGAAUCACAGUCGAGAAGGCAACGUGAAGUACAGGUAUAGAGGUGAAGCAAGACUGCAGAAGCUAUGGGCAUUAAAGAAGACGUGGGAUCCCGAGGGGGUGUUUACCAAGCAUUUUCUAGAUUAG